GGGGUGUCCUUAAACCUGUACCGCCAUUGAAACACGCACCUCGAAAAAUGUUCUCGAAGGAGUGGCGCGUGCCGAAAUUCUCGUGAGCCUCUACAAAUGUCCAGCUACAGCCUGCGGCCCAGUAGCAAGCAGCGAAACUACCGCGAAAUGGCGCAAAUCGUGGACGCCGUGGUAAAGCACAAAGUGGCGCGUUUCCGCGACCGCUGCAAACCUCCGAUAUCCGAGGACAUUUACGAUGAGAUACUGCUCCUUAUGGAGGAGAAACUCGAAAGCGGCAAGGUGUCCAGUCUGCUGACAGUCAGCGAGAAGGCCAGGAAGUACUGGAGAACGCACGGCCGAGAGUUUGUGGACCUGGUCGACCUCCAAGAACAGCUGGGCCGUCCUUCCAAGGGCAUUCUGCUCAAGAAUGGUCGGGCACUGCUGUCCGAGUCGCUGGCCGAGGAGCUGGUCGUGCGGUACGUGGCCGAGCGGGGACCCCAGACCGUGCAGCGCGACAUGCAGUCCCUGUUUGAGCUGCCCCUGCCCCUGAUCCAGGCGCACGUGCAGCGGUCGGCCAACGUGCGUCUUGCCAAGGACCGCCGCUACAUGCGGCUCAAGUUUGAAGAGCGCAUGAGCGAGCUGCGACAGAACGUGCUGGCAGAGGCCACCGCGGCUACCGCUGUCUCGUCCGAGGCUAACGGCUUGCCUUCGAACGGCCCAGUUGGGACAGCAGGUGGUGUUGCCAUGACGACGCCGGCGCCGGCCGACCUGCCCGUGCUUUUGAUCAAGCCGAUGCCCAAGCGUAAGGCGAAGCCGAAGAGCCACGAGCAGAAGAUGCGUGACGCAGUUGCGGCAGCCCGUCCCGUUGUGGCAGCGCAGGUGUCGCCCCCCUUCACAUCCUGGGAGGAGCACCCUCGGAACUUGAUACCCGAGCUGUGCCGCCAGUUCUACGACCUGGGGUGGGUCACCGGCACAGGUGGUGGCAUCAGCAUCCGACACGGGCAUGAGAUCUACAUUGCACCUUCUGGGGUUCAGAAGGAGCGGAUAGCCGCGGAGGACCUCUUUGUGCAGGACAUGGAGGAGCGGUUCCUGUCGGGGCCUCCUCCGCACAAGAAGCUGCGCAAGAGCGAGUGCACACCCCUCUUCAUGAACGCCUUCACGCUACGCGGAUUUCAGAAUAUAUGCCGCGAGGACAGGAACAACUGCGGCUGUUUGAAACUCUCUUAG